AUGUUCGGCAGUGUCGGCACGCAUGAUGGCCAAGACCGCAUGCUUGACCCAGACGAUCCGGACAUCACGGGCAUUCGCAAAGAGCGCCUCGACGAUCUUCACCACGAUGAGAAGCACAAGUUGCGCUUGAUGUCGUACAGGGAGCGACGCAAGUACCUCUCUCGUGCUAGGGUCGUGUUCAACAAGACCACGGUCGGACAUCGGCAGAACUUUAUAUUGACCCUCGCCAAGGCCCUGGUCAAGUACGGUGCACCAUCUCACCGUAUCGAGUCGCAACUGCUCUCGGCUGGGAAAAUCCUUGAUCUCAAGUGCGAGUUCGUGCAUCUUCCGACAGUCAUUAUUGCCACCUUCAACGCCGACCUGCACUCUCACAAUGAGCGGUCGGAGGUGCACUUCAUCCCGCGCAAGGGCUCGCUCUCCCUCGGCGCUCUGCACCUCGUCCACCAAAUCUACCGUGGUGUUGUCCACGACGAGAUCAGUGCAAAGGACGGAGUAAAGCGCAUGGAGAAUCUCUUCGCAUCGCCCCCAGUUUACGGCCUACGGGUCCGCGCUCUUCUCUCAUUCCUCCUUGCAGCGUGCAUUUGCCCGCUUGCGUUCGGCGGCUCGUUCGCGGAUAUGUGGCUUGCGGGCGUGGGCGCUCUCGUGCUCUUUUUCGUGCAGACAUUCAUUGCGUCGAAGGCAAUCGCCCUCUAUGCCAACAUUUACGACGUCACGGUCACAGUUGGCAUUUCCUUUGUUGCCCGAGCGCUGAGCAGUAUCCGCACAGAGAGCUUCUGCUACACAUCAAUCUCGUCGGCGGGUAUUGUUGGGAUUCUCCCUGGUUUCCUCAUCCUGUGCAGUUCUUUGGAGCUGGGAUCCAAGAACAUCGUGUGCGGGAGUGUGAACAUGGUAUACGCGCUGAUCUACACCUUGACCCUCGGGUUCGGUCUGCAGCUUGGCUCCGACCUCUUCUUGCUCGUUCAUCCCUCUGCUCGUGACACCGUCGUCCAGGUCGUGACACAGGACACAAACCCCAUCAAUGGCAUUUUCAUGCGUGACUUCGGCCUUAACGCCACGAACAUGUUGAACGGCGCGUUCACCUUCAGCAACACGACUCCCGUUGUGCUCGACAACGUCGUCAUGGGCUGCUAUCGCCCGGACAACCUGCCGUGGUAUUUCCAGGCAUUCCCGUGGUGGUCCGAGUUCUUCCUGGUGCCGGGCUUCGCUAUCCUCCUGUCGCUUGCCAACGCACAGCCGUGGAUGUCGUGGGACUUCUUGGUCAUGAUCCUCAUCUCGAUCGUGUCCUACCUCGCGAACAAAGUCGCGAACCACUUCAUUUUCAACCACUCCGAUAUCGUCUCGUCCAUCGGAGCGUUCGCCGUCGGUCUGUUGGGGAACAUUUACUCUCGACAGUUUGGUGGGACUGCGUUCACGGUCAUGGUUCCUGGAGUCUUGUUCUUGGUGCCGUCCGGUCUAUCACAAGCUGGCGGCAUCACAGCACAAGGAGAUGGUAUCGAGAUCGGUUAUGCGAUGAUCACCGUCACAGUCGGUAUCACCGUAGGACUGUUCUUGAGCCAGGCUCUCGUAUACCUCUUCGGAUCUCGAAAAAACGCUGCUAUAUUCUCUUUCUGA